UACUUGAUUGUACUUGAUUGUAUUGGUACUUUUACUUUCUUAAAACAACGCGAGUACUUCCUCCGCCGCUGGGCGCGUGAUGUCAGCGGGAUAAAUUGCGCAAUAACCAGGAAUGCGUGGAUAGACAGAGCAGCAGGGGGAGGGAGAGGUGAUUCAGCGCGUUAUCCUUCCACUGACUUUCAUAUGUGGAGGGGAAGAAGUGUUUACAUACAUCUCCCUCCUCUUCCUCCUCCUCCUCCCCUCUCCUUCUCUUCUUCGGGUUUCUUUCCCACGAUUUCCGCCUCGGGUCAGCGGCAGCGGCUCACCUGGACGACGGAGCGGCGGCGGCGGCAGCGACAGGUAAAGGUGAGAAGGACAUCGGUGUCAGCAACGGCGCGUGUGUAUAGACGCAGACUGAGCGGAGGAGGAGGUGGAGGCGGUUGUGGUGGAGGCUCUCCCGGUCUUAAAAAUUUCCAUGCUGUGUGAUUUUUAGAGGGUAAAUCAGUCAGCAUGGGUGAGGCACCAGUGAGAGAAGACAGUACAGUGACACGAACAGCAGAGUACGUAGGCUCGUUUCCUGUGGAUGACCACUGUUUGGAUGACCAGAUAGAGCAACUGCACGCUCAGCUGAAGCUCCUUAAAACAUGUAAGAGGAGACGGCCUGUGUCCCUAAAAUUCUCCAUCAAAGGUGUGAAAAUGUACAAUGAGGAUGAAACGACCCUCCUGAUGGCUCACGCCCUGCGCAGAGUCUCUCUGUCCACCGCCCGGCCUGUCGACGCCCAGUUUGCCUUCGUCUCCCACAACCCAGGCAGCGUGGACGUCCAGCUGUACUGCCAUGUCUUUCGAGCCAGGCAUGCCAGAGCGGCUCAGUUCCUGAACCUGCUGCUGUGCCGCUGUUUCCAGCUAUAUUACUUGGAGAAGCACCCAGAGGAGGCCCAGGAUGACUCCACUGGCUCGAUGCCUCGUCGUAACCCUUCACUGCUCAACCACGGGUUCCCUCUCAGCGUCAGUGCCCUGGUGUCGUUCAGGAGAGCCCCUUUUCAAGGCUUGUUGCCGGGCACAAAGAAAAAACACAAGUCUUUCGAUGACCCGCACAGCAGUCAAGAUGAAGUCUUCCCCACCUCCUCUCCCUCCCUGGUGCGCAAGAAAGCUAUCCGCACUAAAGUGCUGCGCUCCGGGGCGUACCGCUCCUUCACCUUUACACCGCUCAAACAGCGCAGUGUCCAGGAGCAGCUGAGCACGUCAAAAGCAGAAAAGGUGGAAGACAAGACUCCUGUGAGGAGAGCCCGAGCUCCAAGCCUGGCCGAAACAGAAGAAGCACUGGCUCAAGCAGUGUGGUGCUGGGCUGGUAUCGCAACUGACAGCAGCUACUCCCUGCUGGCAGAUGAUGUUCUGGGUUCGUACCUCCUGUGCCCUCAUCCUAAAAAACCCAAAUGUGGCUCUCUCAUCAUUCGCUUCCCCUCUGGCCUGAUAACCCACCUCAUAGAAAACACUCGUAAAGGGAAAUUCCUGCUGGAGAAAUGCAAGAAUGAGUUCAGCUCCAUAGCAGAGCUGAUUGAAUACUACACAGGGCCCCAGGAUGAGUUGCCAUGCAUGCUGAGCUGUGCCCGAGUAAACCACUGUUACGAGUGGGAGGAAAAUUCCAGCAAACAGCAGCUUGCAAAGAUACACAAGAGCCUGAACAAAGCCACAAUUAAAAGUACCCGCAGAAAGGGCUGGUUUUAAACCCUGGACACUGGAACAUGUGGACUGCCAACCUCUGAGGAUCAAAAAUAAGUGACACUUUUUUUUUGUUUGCACAUAUAGCAUCUCUUACUUUAAAAUCACAUUUGGUGUUGAGGGGACGCUUCACAAACUGUAAAACAUAAUGCACCUAUUAACAGUGUUGGCACUUAUGUAUAUAGUAUGAAAGGGUACUUUUUUGUCAUGGAUGUGAUACUUUUUUAUGUCUUUGAGUAUGUUUUUUAAAAGUAUUUUUAUAUUUGCCUAGAGGAGUUUAUUAGUGUUUUUAUGGCAUGAAAUUAAUAACCUCAAACAGGAGUGGAAUUGAUCACUCGGAUUGUUGCACCUGAUAGCACCUGAAGCCAUAACUACUUCUUUUUUUUUCUUUUGCAUUGUAAAGAUAUUACGCAAAUAUAUUUGAUCAAAUUUUAUUGUUUCAUUGAACUUUAAUCUUGCCUCUUUCUGUGUUUAGAUAUUAGACCUGAACAGUAAUAUUAUACACAAUGUUCUGGUACAGUAAAACAUAACCAUGAACAUAAAUGAUUCUCUACAUCA